CAACACGCGAAAGGAUAUCAACUGUUGCAAUCGCCAUCGUGUCCAAAGCAGUGCAUUCUGCGAGAUCCGUUGCCCGCCUUGAUUCUUUUCGUUCUUGGCCUCGGCUUCUCUCUUCAGGUGGAGUUCCAGGAUGUAGUUCUAUUCCCGGAUGAUGAAAGAACUCGUUGCCGCACCACGUGAACCGUGAAUAUGGCAAUUGUCUGUUCAAGACAGGCUUUCGUUGGCAAGGCGUUGACGCGUUGUAUCAGGCUCGAAGUGAGGAUGCGGUGAACAGCCAUGUUGUGAUCUUGUGAUCUUGACGUGUUUCCAUUGAUUCAUACGCUAAAACUACAUACAGAGAAAGUCUGAACCUCAAUUUAGGAGCCGUUUGACGCUUCAUACCCACGGGCGCUCAGCGAACUUCUUGGGCACGUCAACAAUUCUCAUUCUCAAAUAUUCACACACAUUCUUGCCGAGCGUGUCGUAUGUUGAGCAUGCGUCAUAGCCACGAUCAAGGUGGUCGUGGAGCAAGAAGUGAACGGCUCGGAGAUUCUUCAUUUCGAAGCGGUCGAUGUGUGUUGCCUUUGCUGCCUCUUCUGGGCCAAGCAGCUCCUUGAUCUUGUCGACUGUGAGGAAGCUGCGGAGCCAGUCCCACUCGUCGUCGUGGCGAACAAAGAAGCCGACAUUGGCAUCGGAACACUUGUCACCAGACCGACCAAGUACAAUGCGGCCCAGUGGAAUCUUGACCGUUUCGCCGAAGCUGUCGAGGGGAACUGGAUCCUUGGUCUCGUAGCUUGGCUGUUGUCGGUCGUAAACCUGUGUCUUCGGUGGAUGCGGCAUGUCGAUAAUCUUAUUCUCGCCCCAGAGGCAGUGCACGCGCUGCUUGAACUCUGUCUGCGGCAACAAGGUUGGAUGGUACUCGUAGUACGGCUUGCCCUCGGCUUGGCGCAUGUCGUUACCAAGGGAAGCACCGGGGCAUGACUGCAGGAAGGUCACCAUCGACUUGCGGAAGAAGCCGUUCGGGUUGCGCAUGUUCAGAAGCUCACGGUCCUUCGACUGGGCGAAAAUGCGGAAGUCAACCGUGGCGACAUCCUGAUUGCGCGCAUCCGGCACGGAGGAUCCGUUCUGCAUAAACUUGAGGACCGUGAACUUCUUCAGCAUUUCCUCACCAAUCUCAUAGCGGAUCUGAUCUUCGGUAAACUUGCACUUCUCCUCGAUAUCUAGGCCGCAGAGAUAAACGUGAUAUUCAGCUUGCCAGCCAGCAAAUCCAGUCAAACCGACUUUGGUUGUCGGUGGUGGAGGCAGGCCUUUGACACCACUGACGUAAACGCGGUCUUCUCCGACCUGCUCCAUUUUAAUGUCUUCCAGCCAAGCUGUGACGUCGCAAUUGUAGUACUGUGGACCUUGGAUUUCAUAGAGCAAUUGUGAUGUGCAAGAUGAUACGGUCAUCUGACCGCCGGUGUUCUUCUCCUUGUACAUGGUUCCUGUCCCGUCGGCCUCAAUGGCGCAGAUAGGGAAACCAAGAUCAAUGUGCUUGCCGGUUUUCAGCAAAUUCUUGAAAUCUGAACAAUAACCGCCACUAACGUAUGCGGCGCACUCGAGCAAAUGACCGAUAAUCAAAGAACCGGCAAGCUCAUCGAACUGAUCUGCCCUCCAUUCGUGCCACCAUCUACGAGCUUGUCAGCAAUGACAUUAGCGGCUAAGUGAAGGAUUACUUACGCAGCAGCACCAAUGAUGGGCGAGGCAUCAGAGACUCGACCACAGAUGACGAUGUCGGCACCCUCAGUCAGAGCACGGGCGAUACCGAGACCACCCAGGUAGCAUUGAGCGCAUACGGGAUCAAGACCCCACUCUUUCACCGACUUGUUGUGCAUCAAGCUGCGGAAUUCCUCACCCUUGGCAAGCAUGGCCUUUACGGCGCCAGUGACAUCGUCACCCUCUACCCAGGCAACCUUCAGGUCGUAGCCGCGCUCCUUCACUUUCUCCUGGACGAUUUUUGCGAGAAUCUCGGUAUCGCUUGCGCCAGCGUUGACAGCGAGCUUGAUACCCUUCUUGGCAAGAUCGUCAAUAGCUGGUUCGAAGCAGUCCAUGAAGUUUUCGGCAAACAUGGCGUUUUGAACUUGUUCAUCCCAAGUAAGUUCGCGGCCCGCGAAACGUUCUUGGUUAGCAACCUUGCCUGUGCCAUGGAUGGUCAUGGUCAGUUCAGAGAGCCAGUCUCCCACGAUGAUAUCCACAUCUUCGUUAGCCGCGAGUCGAGAGAUGGCAUGAACUCUGUCACUAAAACCUCCAGAAGCACCGGCCACGCGGACGGGCCUCUUUGCGCCAGGCAUGAUUGUUACUCAGAAGUUACAGGACGAGUAAUAAAGACGAGAAGAUGAGGUGAGGGAUGGGAAGUGGAAGAUGUGAGACUGAUUGCUUGCUCCCUUAAGGUCCGUACCUAUAUACUCAUCUAGAAUGCUUACAGAAAGUCUCGAAGCUACUCUGCAAGACGCCAUUGGCACCGGAUGCGGCACGCUCUAGUUUUCUUGUUGGUCUGGACACGGAGCAACGGCAGUGUAUACCCGGGAUUUAACAGCUGGCCACAGCAAAGGAUCACACCAAAAAUGAAACGAAAUGUCCUAUGACCGCAAAUGCCGGCUCCCGAUCAGCCCCAAGAGAGGUGGACAGCUAGGUUCCAGCUUUGGGUAGGAUAGUGGAGCAGCCGACACUCCCCGAAAAGGUGGGGAAGAUCUUGGCACUUUCACGAACUGCGUGGCAUCGUUAACACUCGACCUAUGAAGGAACAAACUGCGCCAAUGGCAUAAAGGCUCCCCCCCGGCAUAUCUCGCCGUGUCUCUCAAAUGUUCCUGUGACAGCUGCCAUUUUCAGCGUGCGGAUCGCACGGCAAGGUCUGUGAACUUUGACAUCACGGAGUCGGAAAAAGCGUACCUAUUGCUAAGCUGAAGGCCUGCACAAGUUACCAAUGUGACGCUUAGGCGUUCGUCGAAUACGUACAAUUGCGAAGUGAGACGCACUAAUAUUGUACACGUUGGAAGCUAAACUGGCUGUGCCUAUGUUGUCAUGCUAGACUUGUGGUACACCGUGAGACUGACUCCGUUAUCGGUGAACGACUUCCAGGUUCGCAAGCGUUUCAAAAGUAAAGAGGUGUUGAUUCAACCCAUGUUUUUUCCAGAACUGCGUCAGAACAAAUAGUAAUCUGACUCAAUAUGGCUUCUCUCGACGGAAAGGUCGUCGCACUCACGGGUGGUGCGAGCGGCAUUGGUUUAGCAUGUGCUAAGCUUUUCGUUGCACGAGGUGCACGUAUAUCUACCGCUGAUCUCCAAGAGAAAGCCUUGCAAGACGCAGAGACUGCCAUCAAGUCGGUCACUCCAACUGCUGAGGUGAUGACUUAUGUUCUCGACGUUCGAAACGAGGAAGGCUGUAAAGCGUGGAUAGAGGAGACAGUCAAGCGAUAUGGCCGCCUCGACUGCGCCGCAAACAUAGCAGGAGUGUUCAAAGGCGUUCCGCUAUCCAAAGAGGACGGCUCCGCCUGGAACUUCAUGAUCGACGUUAACCUGACAGGUCUCAAGAACUGCAUGCAGGCACAACUUCCACACCUCCGGUCUGGCGGCAGCAUCGUGAACGCGGCGAGUAUUUUGGGCAUCACGGGCGACGGGGAGGCCGCCGCGUACAGCGUUUCGAAGCACGGGGUCGUCGGGCUGACGAGGUCGGCUGCCAAAGAGUACGGCCCCAAAGGCAUACGUAUCAACGGCAUAGCUCCGGGUUAUAUCAUGACGCCGAUGCUGAGGAGCGCAAUGGCAGCAGCGGAUUCCUCGAGCAAGCACCAGCAGACGCAGGGCAGUUUUGUAGCACUUAAUCGCAUGGGCCAGCCAGAGGAGGUCGCUCCGCUGGUUGCUUUCCUGCUCAGCGACGAUGCCUCUUUCAUCACCGGCCAGACAAUCUCAGUUGACGGCGGCUGGGCGAAUAUGUGAUUUGGAAAAGAAUGCGGGUAGUCUUAACAACUCCGCCGAAUCAUCAUCUAUUACAGCCAAAUUUCAAGUUGAUCCAUGUGCAU